AUGAACAGACUCUCCUCAGUCAUCAGAAGGAUCAAUGUGUUUAAUAUAAUUUCAAGAUAUUCAGGCACUGCUCCACUCAAAACCUCUAUAAGUGAUGAAUCACUUAGUUAUAUAUAUAACGUCGGCAUAAGAAAUUCACCAAUUAAAGAAGAUCUUCUUAAUGAAACAAAACAACUCUACCCAGAGAUUGCACAAAUGUCAACUGAUAGAAUAGAAGGAGAUUUCAUAGAAAUACUUAUACAGUCUCUUAAUGCCAAAAAAUGCCUUGAGGUAGGAGUUUUCACAGGCUUUUCAUCACUUUGUGCAGCAUUAGGACUUCCUGAUGAUGGAAAAAUAAUUGCUUUAGAUAUAAGUGACGAAUUUACAUCAAUUGCUAGAAAAUACUGGGAAAGAGCUGGAGUUUCUCAUAAAAUCGAUCUAAAAAUUGGGCCAGCCUUAGACAAUUUGCAUAAUCUUAGGAGAGAAGGGCAUGAAAAUUCUUUUGAUUUUGCAUUUUUGGAUGCUGAUAAGGAAAAUUAUUUGAAAUACUAUGAAAAUAUUAUACCUUUGAUGAGAAAAGGAGGGGUGGUUUUAAUAGAUAAUAUAAUCUUUCACAAUAGAGUUGUUGACGAAACAAAUAAUGGUGAAGAUGUGAAGUGUUUAAGACUCUUAAAUGAAUGGGUGACUAGAGAUAAAAGAGUUAAAAGUGUAGCUUUGCCUUUUGCAGAUGGGAUCUUUAUGGUCACCAAAAAAUAA